UCGCAAGAGGAUGCACAUGACAGUCCAGCAGCGAGCCCUGCGGCGGCGGCUCAUCGGCCAGGCGGCGCGCGGGAGGAGCCUCUUCUCGACAACGCGGCGCUCCCUAGAGAUCAAGCACAUCUCGGCGCUCCCCACGCGCACCAAGCCGUCGUACGUGCAGUCGCCCGCAAACACGCUGCUCAGUCUGCAGUGGCCCUCGCCGCCCCGCAACGUCCUCAUCGCAAAGAAGAAGCGCACGCCCAACAUCACCCAGUCCGUCAUCGAGUUUGCGUCCCACAUCCACUCCACAUACCCAUCCAUCCAUGUCAUCUUGGACAACGAGUCCGCGCGCGAGAUACACGAGCACUUGGCCUUCCCCGUCUACGCAUACGACGGCGCCGUGCAGCACUUGUCGGAUAAAACCGACUUGGUCUGCACGUUGGGCGGCGAUGGAACCUUGCUGAGGGCCAGCAGCCUGUUCAGCCAUGUCGAAAGCGUGCCGCCCGUGCUGAGCUUCGCCAUGGGCACCAUAGGCUUCCUCGGCGAGUGGAAGUUCAAGGAGUACAAACGCGCCUUCAGGGAAAUGUACAUGAGCGGCGCGCCAGACACAUACGCGACCCUGUCUGACUCUCUCGGCGCUAACCCCCCAACUCCACCCACAUCGCCCGACGACCCGCUCGACAAGCCGCUUUCGUACGCAGAUAUCCGUGGCAAGGCGAUGGGCACGCAUCGCAGCGUCAGAGUCUUGCUGCGGAACCGCCUGAAGGUGGGCAUCUUCGCCCCAGACGGGACCAGGAUAGCCGGUUCAGACGACAGCUAUGCCCUCAACGAGGUCACUCUCCACCGCGGCUCCAGCCCACACCUCAAGAUCAUCGACGUCUACAUCAACAACCGCUUCCUCACCGAAGCCGUUGCCGACGGCAUGAUCAUCAGCUCGCCAACAGGCAGCACCGCGUACAGUCUCUCCAGCGGCGGCAGCAUCGUGCAUCCGCUCGUCCCGUCUCUCCUCCUCACACCUAUCUGCCCACGGUCACUGUCCUUCAGGCCGCUCCUGCUGCCGGCUGAAACGCCAAUCACCCUGCGGCUGGGUGACAAGAACAGAGGCAAGCAGGUCGAGGUCAGCAUUGAUGGCAGCACGGUCACAGAAGGCCUGGGGUCGGGCAUGGAAGUAAGAGUCAUGGGUGAAGAUGUGAGGACCAAGACGGGCGAAUGGCACGGUGGCGUUCCUUGCAUUGUGCGCGCGACUGCGGGGAGAGACGACCAGACUGAGGAUCACUGGGUGGGCGGGUUGAAUGCGCUGCUGAAGUUCAACUACCCCUUUGGGGACCAGGACCCUUGAGCGACGAGCGUUGGCUGUGCAGAGAUGCGUGUUGUGUAAGAGUGUGCAUUCGUCUUGGAGCCUGGCAUAGCAUUGGAACGGCGUUGACUUCGAAAUCAUGACCAGGGCCGAUCAUUUCUCAUUCUUCCUUCUCUACUUGCAUUACACUUACCUUGUGAGCUCACACGUGCUUACUCUGUAAACACCU